AUGGUCACUUCUAAACGAACACCACGUCAGAAAAAGAAGAGAAGAGGGAGUCGCUCGCUCAGGUUACCGUUAGGACCAGAAGAGAAGAAUGCCAAAGAUCGCCGACGUCAAAUCCAAGCCAGAUCGACGAGGAAGCCUCUCAGAGACGUCUCAAAUGGUGGUUUCAAAUCUUCCGUUCGUAAUCCGGUAAUUCAGAAAUCGACCGCCGAUACCCAACAGCAAGAUCCGUUUACAAUUUGUGGCGACGGCGCAAGCCGAGACCCACUCGAUCGACUUCUCCUUGUUCACUCCGAUCUCUCCGUCCUCAUUCACCAGAUCGAUGAACUUGUAGUACAAGCAUUGGAACAAAAAGUGAGGAACAAGAAAGAAAUUGAAUCUUUUGCUCACCUAUUGAACAAAAUGCAAACCUCACUAAAGGUACACAUAGCCAAUAUUUUCAGUACCCUUCUCACAUUCCCAUUGUGUAUCAUUCUAACCUUCUUCAUUGAUUUCCCAAACACAGCCAUGGAUUCCAAGAUUCCAGAAAUUUCUUUCAACCAAUGA